UCACAUUCACUCUGCGACUCACAAAGUGGAAAGGAUGCAGGAGAAGUAGAGUGGAAGCAGUCAGAGUGGUUUUCCCACGGAGAGAGUGAGUAUGAAGGAAUUUAACAAAGCAGUGCAAUUUAUGGUUCGGAGAAGUGAAUGAGUUCGGGCCUCUUCUCGGUAUCCACAGAAAGCGCUAUCUGGGCCCCUCCAUCCUUCUUCAGGCUGCAUGUAGCAGGUGUCCAGAGUGAACAGGAUCUGUACCUCCUACACUGUGAAUGAGGAGGAGACGUGAUGACUCAAAACGAUAGCUGUAGCAAAGUGUGCUGCAGGGUCGUAUAUAGCUGCCACUGGAAAAGUAACUUAAGUAAGGUCAAAAAACAUGCAUGCUGUUGGCUAUCAUAUGUGGCUCUGGUGUCCCUGCUCUGCCUGUGCUGGAUGUACAUCUGUCUGGUUACUUAUAAUGACCGAGAAGAUGUGAACUGGCAGGGCUUCAAAAAGCUGAAACUAUGGGUGAACUGGUUCAUGGUGCUCAUCAUCAUUUCCGCAGUGAUGACCAGCUACUGUGUUCUGCUGCUGCUAUUUGCGCUCUUCCAAGUUGCCAUAAGAGAACCACUCAACUUACACUGGCUGCACAAGAUAUUGUUAUUUCUUGGUGUGAUUUUCGUGGCGUUGGGAUUGACAGGAAUUUCUUUGCAGUGGCCACAAGAAUGGCCAACUGUUCCUCUUUCACUACAGGCCACAGCUCCUUUCUUGCAGUUUGGUGCUGUUGGGGCGCUGACGCUGCUGUCCUCGUUCGUCUUCAAGGGCAUUCACGCAGCCACAGAAAAAUGGUCCAAGUUCCUGAUUGGAGCAGUAUUUAUGGUGCUGUCAGCAGCCAUCUUCCUGUGUCCCCUGAUCAUCCAGUCUCCUUGUCUGAUAGAGUUGGCUAAAUUACCUGAAAAACCAAAGCUAAUUGGUCACCGCGGAGCACCGAUGAUGGCCCCAGAGAACACCAUCAUGUCGUUCAACGAGAGCAUCUCGUGCGGCGUCAUAGCCUUCGAGACAGACGUACAGCUCAGUAAAGAUAGAAUUCCAUUCUUGAUGCAUGACAAUAAUCAGUCUGGGUUCCUGCGGAGAACAACAAAUGUAAAAGACAAGUUCCCCAACAAGGACUUCAACCAGAGCGCAGACUUGACCUGGGAGGAACUGCAGAGUCUGAAUGCAGGCGAAUGGUUCAUAAAGACAGAUCCUUUCGAGUCAGUGUCCAAGCUGUCAGAAGAGGAGAGGGAAACGGCGAGGAAUCAGACCAUACCCUCCUUACGUCAGCUCCUCAACCUCGCCAAGCAGCACAACAUCUCAGUGAUAUUUGACCUUUACAGUCCAAACCAGGAAAAUGACACAGUAGCCACAGUCGACACCAUCUUGAGAUCUGGCAUUGACCCAAGCCUGAUCCUCUGGCUUCCUCCAGUUGGAAGAGAAUAUGUAAAUAAGAUUGCUCCAGGCUUCAUUCAGUUCUAUAACAACGAAAGUGAGAUGGUUAACGAAGAGGGGAACCACCUUAAUUUGAAAUACAGCAAGUUCAGUACAAAUAAAAUCAGGGAGACUCGGGGCAGGAACAUUACGGUGAACCUGUGGGUGGUUAAUGAGCGUUGGCUGUUCUCUCUGCUGUGGUGUGCGGGGGCCAGUUCUGUUACCACCAACUCCUGCCACCUCCUAAAAGACAUGAAGAAGCCAAACUGGGUCAUGGCACCUCUUAAGUACACAAUAAUAUGGAUUACAGUGGACAUUGUAUCUAUUUUUAUAAUGAUUGGACUCUACAUCUUACAAUGGAAAACAAACUGUUUCAGUCACAGACAAGGAGCAGAGAAGCAGGGUCCCAAUACUUUGGCCUGGAACGAGAAAGAACUGUCGCCCUUCUUGCCCGCCAGGUAGAUCCCUGACGCCAGCAGGAGAUUCAGCCCCAAAACUGACCUACAUCCUGGCCUGCACCACCAGCAUAGUUUAGUCCUAUAUCAGAAAGAAAGGAUGGCGGUUUUAGUUUUUAGUUUCUAACUCUAGCGGGUCAACUGGGUUUUGAAGAUUAUUCUGUUCUACUCAAAAUAUAACGUUUCUUUCAGAUUGUAUGACUGUAAUUGCACUGAAGAUCUGCACUUGAUUUCCUAUUGGCACUUUAUGUCAAGACGUUUUUUUCUGUUGUUGCUGUUCCAUUUUCUUACAAAAUGUAUUUCAUGUUGUCACAACUGAAUGAAUUGUAUGUACUGUACAUCGCUUUUUAAAAUGUUGUUUCCAUUUCAUGCAGUGUAACUAAAAGCACCACAAAAAUCCUCAACAACAUGAAUAUAUUAUUUUUAAACACCAAGUACAUUUUUAUUUUGUUACUGUAAGGUUAUGGUAUACAUUAAAAGUGUUGCAUCAUGACAAA